CGCAUAUCUUUCAAGAGAUCCAUUCCCAAAACGACACUAUUUGUGGUUACUAUAAAAGCCAUUUUUCUUUGUUUUUCUUUCAUUUUCAACUUUCUUUUCUCUUUACACAUUUAUCUCCUCUACACUUCUCUCCAGCAUUCAAGUAAACACCAUGCAAUUCUUCAAGGCUUCCCAGAUUUAGGUCGUCGCCCCACCGGCAUCGGUUGAGCUCUAAAUUUUACGAAACAGUUCUUUUUGGUCUUUUUUUAAUAUGUUCCGGUUGGAUUUUCCAAAAACUAGCAGGAUUUUACAAAUCUAAGUCCAAAAUCAUGAUUUUCUCUCUGUUCUUUGCAGCUUUGAUGGCCACCACCGCUAAGUAUGCUUUCUCCUUUCUUCUUGGCUGCCUCCUCACAAAUUUCAAAACUUCAAAACAAACUAGAUCAAUCUCGAUUGGGAAUCUUAAAGAGAAAAUCUAUUUUCUGUUUCUCUUUUUUGACUACUUGUGUGACUCUAUUUUGGUGCUAGAGGUAACUGGAAAUGAAGAUGGCUCUGGUGGUGAGGAUUAGUGCUUUCGUUAUCCGCGCGUGGUUUGGUGGCUGGCUUCUCUUUUAGCUCUCUCUAUUUGUAAAUAUGGGUUGGAUUCAAUGAUUAAUGGGUUUGGUGAUGAACGAUUUUUUUUAACCUCUUUUUUUGGUCUGAUUAUGGGUCCUGGGCUGUCUGGUAAGAGUUGAAUUGUUGGUGUUUUAGCAGAGAUUGAGGGAUGAUUCGGCUGACAGUAGACGAAUAGAAAUUGAUUGAUGCUUGCUAUGAUUUCAUUAUGUUUGGUUUUUCCUCUAUUUUUUGCAUCUGAUUUUCUGUUUAAUCUUUGUGUAUUCUUAGAUUUUUUGGCUUAAAAUGGGGCUCUAUUAGGGUCUGAGUAUGUUGGCUAAAAAUUGAUGGAAAAUUAGGUAUUGUAAUUUGUAUCUAGUUGAUUGGUGAUGGCAAUGACAGAGAAAUUGAAAUUUAGUGAUACAGCUGUGGUGUUGAUGGCACUAGCAAAAAAAGUCUGCUCAAGCUCUUUUCUGCAACCCUUCAGUACUGUUAUCGUUGAAGCUGCUCUAUCUGUAAUCAAGUUGUUGAAUGCAGUGCCAAAGCACUCAAAGCAUCAACAGCUGCCUUUCGCGUCACCCAAUAUGUGCUCCCAAGUUGGAGUUUCACAACUGCCUCGUAGGUACGAGCUAAUACAGCCUAGUAGGAGUGAAGGUCAAGGUCAAGGAAGGGAAGGUUUCCCACCAAAGAGAGGCCUUGAGGGCCUAGUGGCGAUGGGGGCUUCCCCUUUUGUUUUUCUUCUGUUUUUCUCCUGAUUCUUGUAUAUUCAUUGUUGAUAUAUAGAUCCAUGCUAAUAGAGUUUCAAUUCAAUUCUAAUUAGCAUCCAAAUCAAAAACUUAGCACCAAUCCUAAUCUCAUUCUUUCAACUUUUUUUUUUUAAAAAAAAUUAAUCAGAUAAUGGAGAAAGAAAAAGA